GCUCGCCCCACCCCGCCCCGCCGCUCGCGGAUGCGCCGGCGCGCCCCCGCCCCCAAACCCUAGCCCCGAUCCCGAUGCCCACGCCGCGCGGGGGGUCGCCGGUCACCGGCGACCGCUACCUCGACCUGCUGGUUCGCUACGUGGCGCGCAACGCGGGCGCGCUGCUCGACGGCACCGUCACCCUGCGCCUCCACCCCGUCGGCCUCCACUACGUCGCCUCCCGCCUCGAGGCGCUGCGGGAGCUCGAGGCCGUUGGCGCCGGCGCGCCCGUCGACUACCUCCGCGCCUACGUCGCCGACCUCGGCGACCACCGCGCGCUCGAGCAGCUCCGCCGGAUCCUACGCCUCCUCACCUCGCUCAAGGUCGUCGCCGCGGGGCCCGGCCGCGACCCGGCGCCGCUCUCGCUCCUGCCCUUCGCGCGCCUGCGCGUCCUCGAGCUGCGGGGCUGCGACCUCUCCACCUCGGCCGCCAGGGGACUGCUCGAGCUCCGCCACACCCUCGAGAAGCUCGUCUGUUACGAUUCCACGGAUGCUCUUAGGCAUGUCUUCGCUAGUAGAAUCAUGGAUAUCAAGGACUCUCCUGUAUGGAGCAAACUUUCAUAUGUCUCAUGUGCAUCUAAUGGCAUAGUACUCAUGGAUGAAUCGCUGCAAUUGUUGCCUGCAAUUGAAACCCUGGAUCUCAGUCGCAACAAGUUUGCAAAGGUGGACAAUCUGCGGAAAUGUACAAAGUUGCGAAAUCUGGAUCUUGGAUUUAAUCAUUUGCGUUCAAUUUCAUCUUUGAGUGAGGUUUCCAGUCGAAUUGUAAAACUUGUUGUGAGAAACAACGCUUUAACUACAGUACAUGGGAUUGAGAAUCUCAAGUCACUCAUGGGGCUUGACCUUUCGUACAAUAUCAUCUCAAAUUUCUCAGAGUUGGAAAUCCUUGGCACGCUAUCUUUAUUGCAGAACCUCUGGUUGGAAGGCAAUCCUAUCUGCUGUGCUCGGUGGUAUCGAGCACAUGUGUUCAGUUUUUUUCGUAAUCCAGAAAAUUUGAAGUUAGAUGAUAAAGGUAUGAACACGCAAGAAUACUGGGAAAAGCAAGUACUGUUUGCAUGCAGACAAAAUCAACCUGCUGGUUAUGGAUUUUAUUUCCCUGCAAUGGAUGAUCAUGAAGAUGAGGACACGCUAACUUUGAAGAUGAGAAAAAUUUCCCGACUUGCCAGCAUAGUGGAGGGAGAGAGAAAUCUCUCUGAUGAUGGUACAGACCAGCAGUCCACCCCCUGUGAUAGUGACAGUUCUAAGAAGGAUGAAACUGCAGGUGCUGAUCAUGACAUAAGAAUUGCUUCAUUGAUAAACACCGCUGAAUUGCUGAAGAAAGAAAAAUCAAGUGACUGGCUCCGUGAGUUUAAGGAGUGGAUGGAUGACAAUGCAGACAAAACAGAUGGUGAAAACCUAUCUGCUGAUGUCACCUAUGGCAAUGGAAGUUAUGCUAGACAAAAGAAAAGGCAGAAAGCACACAAGGAGACUUCAAAUAACAUGUCGGAUUUGGUACAUGUAUCAGAAGGUGGGAGCAGCUCAAACCUUUUGGAGUCGGACUCAUCUUUCACAGAUAAUGCACAUUCUGGUUCUAAUGGAAUCGUCAAAGAAUCCUCGAAUGAAGUGAAUGCAAACCAAGUUCAUCUAACGAUGCACUUAAAUUAUUUUCAACGACCUCCUCCCCUUGAGUUAGUAGGUACUUCACAUACUGACCCCUUCUCUGAGUUGGAAGAUGGUUCAAGAAAUAUGCUGGCAAAUGGAACACCAUCCAAUACAAUGAGCAAGUUGAUAGAAUCAAGUCCAUACAAUGCAUAUCCUAGUCCUCAGUCACCUCCACAAUACAAGGAGGACAUUCUACACCGCAGACUUUUUCUGGAGGAAGAGUUUUUGCAGAUUUCAGGACAUCUUCAUUCUGUUGGUUCACUCGGUAGUGAUAGCAGCUGCAGUGAUGAUUCUUCGGAUGAUUUUUGUUCAUGCAAUUCGGAAGAUGAUUGUGCAGCAAUGCAGACAAAGAUGGAGUUGGCUCUUAAUGGACAGGUGGCUUUGUUUCCUUUUGUAGAUAGUGAUCAUGAGGGAAACAAGUACUUUUCAGCGGAGAAAAGUUUAUCUGACCAUUCAGCAGAAGAUGAACCAAUUCGCACAGAUCACAGAGAGUUUGAUAUUGAGGAGUUUCAUGACAGUAACCAGAGGAAUGGUCAUCUAGGUCAGAAUUCAGGCCAUCUAGUUGGACAAAAAGGCAAGCAGAGGUUUAAGAGGAGGAUAUUUGCUUUGAAGAAUCAUAAUGGUACCAAAAUAGAAAGUAUUAAAAUGAAUGGCGAUCAGGUGGAUGAGCAUGUUUUAGCUGAAGGAAAUGGCCAUUUGACAUGCGACCCGAGCAAAAGUACUCCCAAGAAAGAAGGCUCUGAAAGCCAUUACUCAAGAAUUCUGCCUAAGAAUGUCAGCACAAAUAUAACUUCUUGUACGACAGGGGAACACAUGAUUGUCAAGGAUUUCAUCAACUUGGAAGUAGCAAAAAAUGACAAGUCUGAAACAUGUGAACAAGUAGCUUGUUGUGCAUACCUGUUUCAGGAAGCGGGCGCUUUAGUCCAAAGAGAGGUAGCCUUGCUGCAAAGUUCUCAAAACAAAUUGUAUGUCCUGCUACUUGAUAUGGUUUGUGAUGGAAAAGAAACCAAGCCAAGAGUUUUGGGCAGCUAUACUCUGGAAAGUCUGGAAAAGGUUUCAAUUGGGCUGGGACUACAGGCACUGAGGGUACACAUGGUAGACGAUACAACUCAUCUAUUCUUCACACGGACUUCCAAGGAAGCACAAGAUGUACUUUGGCUCUUGAGUGUAACCAACACCAACUUCCCCAAAUUAAACCAUGAGAUACAUUUGCAAAGUUGGGAGAACAUCCAAGUUAAAUUGUUCGAGAAAUGUAUAUGUGGAUCUGCAAAGAAGGGAAUAUUUCUCUACUCUAUGUUGAUGUUCUGGAGGAAUGAUGCUGAAGACGACUCCUUUUUUAUCAGAUCCAUAUUUGUCAUUGAAGGAUCAAUAUUGGUGUGCAUUGAGGACCUAGAUCAGUUUGGUCGUGUACCUGAUGAUUCAGACCCUCCAUACUUUUCUCUUGAUGCAUCUUGUUCUAUUAACAAUAUUCAAGAAGUGGUCAUGGAUCAGCGCAACGGCAAAUGUUUGACAUUGAUUUUGGAUAAUCAUAGGCAAGAAGAGUUUCACAAUAGCAUCCAGAAUCCGAGUAACAAGCAGUCUGAUGAAAUUGAUGCGGUACAUACAUGGAAACUUGAGUGGUUCUCUGAAGAAGCACUUCUGAAGUUCAUUUCUGUACUUAAGGCUCUUUACUCGACAGCAGCAGCUUCAUCUUUACCUGUUAAGUGUAUAUCCUGAUAAUGUUGGUUCUUGUAGUUCUGCAGUGAUUUCAUUCGUUCUUUUUGGGGCUGUUUGUAGCUGUUGAUUUGUAUAGUUUGAUAGUUAGGUUCUAGGUUUGUGCUCGAUGUAUUCUUUGUAGUUAGUAUAGAAAGUUUUCCCGCCCUGAAGUUGUACAGCACAGUGCUAGAAGUGAGUGUAAAUGAAUGGGGUUGCAAUUUUGGCAAAAGCGGUUUUGAAAACGUUAGUUUCAGAACC